GAUAAACAGAGUCCAGAUUCAUUGUAUCCAAUCAAUCAUGAAACAUCCCCAACCACUCUCGAACUCCCACAAUCCUUUCGUGCGUGAAGGAAAAGAUAUGGGUUCUCUAGUGGAUCCAGCCUUCGUCCAAGCUCCCGAGCACCGACCCAAACCCACCGCCACGGAGACGGCCGUUGGCAUCCCACUGAUCGACCUCUCCCCCCUCCUCCACUCCCCCAUCCCCACCGAUGGCGGCGCCGCCCCGCCGGCCAUCUCCAGUCUGCUAGCGGAGGUGGAGGCGGCGUGCCGGGAUUGGGGGUUCUUCCAGGUGAUCAACCACGGGGUUCCUUCAGAGCUGCUGGACAACAUCAUGGCAGCGUCCAAGGGAUUCUUCGCGCUGCCGGCGGAGGAAAAGUGGCAGGUGAAGAGAGAUGAGGUGAAUCCGCUCGGCUACUACAACACGGAGCAUACCAAGAAUGUAAGAGACUGGAAGGAGGUCUUCGACUUAAUCGUUGAGGAGCUGCCGGUGCCGCUGGCGUUGGCCGAGCCCGGAGCUGAUGAAUUCCUCUCGCUUAGGAACCGGUGGCCAGAACAUCCUCCGGCAUUUAGGGAGGCCUGUGAGAAAUAUACCAAAGCUAUGAAUGAGCUAGCUUUCAAGUUGCUGGAGUUGAUUUCACUGACCUUGGGCUUGCCGGCCAAGCGAUUGAAUGGAUUCUUUAAAGAUCGAGCUAGCUUCAUCCGCCUCAAUCACUACCCUCCAUGCCCCUCCCCUCACCUCGCUUUAGGUGUCGGCCGGCACAAGGAUGCUGGAGCCCUCACCAUCCUGGCUCAAGAUGAUGUUGGUGGACUGGAUGUCAAGAGGCGAUCUGACGGUGAGUGGAUUCGUGUGAAGCCAAUUCCCAACUCUUAUAUCAUCAAUGUCGGCGACAUUAUUCAGGUCUGGAGCAAUGAUAAAUAUGAGAGUGCGGAGCACAGGGUGUCAGUGAACUUGGAGAGGGAGAGGUUCUCCAUUCCUUUCUUCUUCAAUCCGGCACUUUAUGUGACAGUGCAACCAUUAGAUGAGCUUAUAGAUGAAAAGAAGAGGCCAGCUAAGUACAAUGCAUACAAUUGGGGGGAGUUCUUUAAGGCAAGGAAAAAUAGCAACUUUAAGAAGCUGGAGGUGGAAAACGUCCAAAUUUAUCAUUUCAAGAAGGCGGUAUGAUUUUUUCAAAAGUCUCGCUAUGGAGAGGAUUGUUAAGUCAUAUAUAUAAAUAUAUAUAAAGGACUGUUAUGCUGACAUAAAACCUAUUGUGUGUUCCAUACUGUGUAUCGUUCGCAUUGUGUUAACAUAAAACCUACUAUGUGUUAUGUUGACAUGAGUCUUACUAUGGAGAGGAUUGUUAAGCAAGUCAUGUAAAGAAGUGUUACGUUGACAUAAAACCUACUGUGUGUUCCAUGCUAGGUAUUGUUCGCACUGUGCUAACUAGAAAGUAUGUAAAAUAUUAUGAUGCUUUAAGAUAUGGAUGGGUUUCCCUUCCC